AUGGCCAUGUAUAAAGUUGAUAAAUUUCUGCUGCUUGUACCUGUUGUGGAGGCAGUUAACUCCAUUUUUGGGGAUUUGAGGUGGUUCCAUACGUUCUGGUCCCUCUGCGGUCAGAAUAUAAUCCAGAUCAGUAUCUAUGGGAGAAAGAGUUUAUCCUCGCAGGACCUUACAAAUGCAAGAGGCUAUAUCUUAAAAUGCAGCCACUAUGUUCCUGCUUUUAUCCCAGAGAACACUGCCCUCCCAUCUGUGGUCUAUUGCCAUGGAAAUAGCGGAUGCCGAGCAGACGCAAAUGAAGCCGCUGUAAUACUUCUUCCUUCAAAUAUCACUGUUUUCACACUUGACUUUUCUGGGUCAGGUUUAUCGGGUGGGGAUUAUGUCAGCUUGGGUUGGCAUGAGAAAGAGGACCUCAAAUGUGCAGUGUCAUGUCUUCGGGACAAUAAACAAGUUUCCACUAUAGGCCUUUGGGGGCGAUCAAUGGGUGCUGUUACAUGCCUACUCUAUGGAGCAGAGGACCCCUCUAUUGCUGGCAUGGUAUUGGAUAGUGCUUUUGCUAACCUGUAUGACUUGAUGAUGGAACUUGUUGACGUUUACAAAAUUCGAGUUCCUAAAUUCACGGUUAAGAUGGCUGUACAGUACAUGCGGCGAAUCAUUCAGAAAAGAGCUAAGUUUGACAUAAUGGAUCUUAAUGUUUUAAAGUUGGCUCCCAAGAUGUUUAUCCCUGCAUUAUUUGGACAUGGUUUUAAUGAUAUGUUUAUUCAGCCUCACCAUUGUGAUCGUAUUCACCAGGCAUAUGGGGGGGAUAAAAAUAUAAUUAAAUUUGAGGGUGAUCAUAAUUCCCCAAGACCUCAAUCAUAUUAUGAUUCAGUUUCUAUAUUCUUCUAUAAAACUUUGCGUCCUCCUAUGCUGCCUGCAGCACGAUCAAAGCUUCAUAUGGGAGCAUUUAAAGUUGGUAACAUAACCAAUGAGAGUUUCUUCUUUGAAAUCAUCAACGGUCUACGGUCAGCAAACACUGCAGCCUGCGGUUCAUCAACAGAUGCACCUAACAUCCCACAUGAUAGCACAUCUGUAUUUGAAUUGUUGUCUAGCAUGAAUCAACUGUCCAUUAAGAAUGAGAAUGACUUGCUGCAGGACUUUCUUUUAGAUGAAAACCGCAGCCUGUCAGAGAUUGAUGGGGAUAGUGUUGGAUCACGUUUGCAGGAUAAAACAAGUAGGUGCAAUGAGGAGUCAUGUUCAUUCACAAGCUCUAACAGAGAAAGUUGGGGCAGAUGUUCAUCUUUAGGAGCAGCCAGUGAUGAAUCAUUGUCAGGCAAUAAUAAUGAUAAGCAGAAUUUGACAGUCAAGGCUUUGGCUACGCCUCUAAGACAAAACCAGAGACAAAGCCAGAGGAAACCGAUUGAGAAAGCUAAGCAGAAGAAGGUUCAAGCGCUGUGGAAGAAGAUUAAGCGUGAGAAGGUGGAGAUGGGGGAUAGCCUUUCUUCGCGUUUGAAGAUGUGCCUGGGGCAAUCUCCGCGGCACAAGAGGAAUAGAUCAUCUGGAGGGAUUACAACUUCAUAG